CAGAACUAAGGAAAUAACAAACCUGUACAUGUGCAGAGCAUCAGCAGGCAGACGUUAAUGGAGAGCAAAACUACCUGCGACAUACUUUUACAAGGAAAUAUAAAAGAAGACAUACAUCUGUAGUACAGUAUACUGUUUCAGUCAAUUAGCACAGACAGUUGUGUGAUGGCUAAAAUGGACAACGGUGACAUCACAGAUAAAAUUUAUUGCCAAGACAGACAAAGCAAGGAAAGCCUGGAAAGCAAAGCUGCAGUUCUACAGAAAAAUGUGGGUCUAGUCAGUGGCAUCUGCUUGAUUGUGGGGACAAUGAUCGGAUCGGGAAUCUUCAUCUCUCCCAAGGCUGUGCUGGAGGAAACUGGAGCAGUGGGCCCAUGUCUGUGUGUGUGGGCCGCAUGUGGCGUGCUAGCUACAUUUGGGGCCCUUUGCUAUGUAGAGCUCGGCACCAUGAUAACGAAGUCAGGUGGUGAGUAUUCAUACCUGAUGGCGGGUUUUGGACCCACUCUUGCCUACCUUUACUCCUGGACAACCGUCUUGAUACUGAAGCCUUCAUCACUGGCCAUCAUCGCCCUCAGCUGUGCAGAAUAUGCCUCUACACCUUUUUACCCAGGAUGCAUUUCCCCGGUGAUUGUCACCAAAUGCCUGGCAACUGCCUCCAUCUUUGUGCUUACACUCUUGAACUGCUUAAGUGUAAAGCUAUCCAACUAUGUGCAGAAUUUCUUCACUGCAGCAAAACUCUUCAUCAUUGUCAUCAUAGUGGUUUCAGGCAUCGUUAUGCUGGCCAAAGGAAACACACAGAAUUUGCAAAAUGCAUUUGAAGGAGGAACAACUUCAUUUGGAUCAAUCGGACUUGCCUUUUACAAUGGUCUUUGGGCGUAUGAUGGAUGGAACCAACUCAACUUCAUUACAGAAGAGCUGAAAAACCCUUAUAGGAACCUCCCCAUGGCCAUUAUUAUUGGGAUUCCUUUGGUGUCAGUGUGCUACGUGUUGGUCAAUAUUGCAUACUUCAGUGUCAUGACACCUACAGAACUACUUCAGUCUUCUGCUGUUGCUGUGACUUUUGGGGACAGAGUCCUGUAUCCACUGUCAUGGGUGGUGCCAUUGUUUGUGGUUUUUUCCACUUUCGGAGCUGCUAAUGGAAGCUGCUUCACUGCUGGAAGGCUGACUUAUGUGGCUGGACGUGAGGGUCACAUGGUGGAGGUUCUUUCCUAUAUCAGCCUGAAAUAUUAUACCCCUGCACCAGCACUCAUCUUUAAUGCACUUUUGAGCAUCUGCUAUGUAAUUCCAGCGGACAUUAACACUCUCAUCAACUACUUCAGCUUUGCUCAGUGGGCUUUCUAUGGGCUUACUGCCCUCUCUCUCAUUGUCAUGCGAUUCACAAAAAAAGAGCUACACAGACCUGUGAAAGUGCCCCUAAUUAUCCCUGUUGUGGUGGUGGUUGUUUCCUGUUACCUCGUUUUGGCUCCAAUCAUUGACAAACCUGAGCUUGAGUAUCUGUACUGCGCGAUAUUCAUAUUGGGUGGACUGAUUAUUUACUUUCCCUUUGUGUACUACAAGUUUGGCUGGGUCAGCAGAAUCACAAAUCCUCUCACCACGUACCUUCAGCUGCUUAUGGAAAUUGUACCAACAGAGAAGACAGAGUGAAGAAUAUCAUCAAUAAAAGGCUCAGAUACAGUAAACUGAUGACUGAUUAGUGAUUAUGUUGUUUCAGAAUGUUAGAAAGAAAUCAUUAAAGAAGAGCUAAAUACUGUAUGUUACUACCCAAACUGAUGGGGCUUAUUAGUCAAUCUUUUAGUAAAUGUUUGUGUUAUUGUUUACCUCUUCUAAACUGAAGUCAUUUUUACAGUAUUUACAAAUGUUUCUUAACACAGAUUUUCUUCACACAAGCUUUUAUUUUUCUUUGGUUUUGGGGUUUGUGUUUCUUUACUUUUUAGAUUUAAUUAGUUCCAUUGAUCCAAAAAUCUGAAUGUGGUGAUGUUUACUAUUAUUAUUAUUAUUAUUAUUAUUAAUAAAUAUUAGGGUCUAAGCACUAUAGCUGUGCGCAGGACCCUCUUGUUUUCCUAAGGAUUUUUUUCCCCCAACCUUUUGGACUUUUUGGGGGUCUUAACAUGCUCAAGGUUGAAAUCUGCUGCCAUUAGGAUGCCUAAGAGUCGCGUGGCCCCCACACAAGAUUUUGCUGGAUAGCUCAUACACACUUUCACGUAGGCACAUGAAACUCAGUACACAUUAAGAGCUGAACAAUUUUCACACUGCAUGUCCUGGGCUCAACUCAACAGAAGGCCGGUUAUUUUGGGCUGUUCGCAAAAACCCACCCAAUGGAUUUUUAUAUACCCCUCCUAGGGAAUUUAUAUAAUUGUCACCAAGCCGAUGUGAUCCAAUGACAUUGAGGAAGCAAAAUCGCAGUGGGAUUUUUGAUAUCUCAAACGGGUCAGCCGUGAUAAUGUCUUAAACAGAAAAAUGAUUAAUAACUUUCUGUGUGGCAUUAUAUUGAGUGACAUUAUAUUCAGUGACAUCACAUUGAGUAACAUCAUAGUGUGAUGCUUACUUUCAAGCAUCUGCGGCCUAUUGAACACACGUACACAUCACAAAUGUUAACACUCACACACGCGUGCACACACACACACACACACACACACACACACACACACACACACCUCUUAUGACGCACACAUACCUCUCUCAUGACGCACACACACGCAAACACACAUAUCACAAUGUUAACACUCUCACACUCACACAGAUACACAUGUAUACACAAACACACUCAUACUCAUGUAGAUCACACAUCACAAAUUUAACACUUAUACACUCACAUCUCUGUGUCACAUGCCCACAUGCAGAAACACACACACCUACAUACACUAACACAUGUCUCACACACAUCACUAAUGUUAACACACAGACUUACACACCACACACAAACACGCAGAAACACAUUUACUCGUCACACACAGACUGACACAUUCACACGUCACACACACACCUCUCGUAUUUAACCCUCACACACACACUAAGGCACUCAACAAAUAUUUACGACCCAAACUGACAUUAGCUUGAUGUGUGCAGGUUAUGCGGUGCACCUGGGGUGGCGAUGGCACAGGGUGCUUGGGCCCGUCAUCUUUGCUUGCAACUAUUAUCAUUAUUAUUAUUAUUAUUAUUAUUAUUAUUAUUAUUAUUAUUAUUUACCUUAAAAGAAAUCUUAAUAGACUUUUACUUUUUUGUUAAUCAACACAUGGAUAGGAAAUUUUAUUAUUCUGUUUUUCCUGUAAGGGGCUUCAAUUGUCUUAAUUUCACAAUUUAUAAAAUCUUUGUGACAAUAAAGAUAUAAUUAUAUAAGAAUUUAUUAGUGGUUGAUUCAAGUUAUAGACACACCACCUUUUUAGACGUUAAAA